UCACAUCAACAAAUCAAACAAAGUCAUCUUUGAUAUAUAGUUAAAGCAAAUUAAGAUGACUAGUUCUAAGCUUUUAGUUGUUUUGGUUCUUAGUGUCGUUGUUUUCACUACUACUAGUGCUAGGAAGGGCUCUUUUGAGGAUCAGAAGAACUUGUUUCACCACGGUGGCGGAGGACUAGGUGCUGGUGGGGGGCUUGGAGGGGGAGCUGGUGGGGGACUUGGGGGAGGUGCUGGAGGUGGAGCUGGUGGGGGGCUUGGGGGAGGUGCUGGAGGUGGAGCUGGUGGGGGACUUGGGGGAGGUGCUGGAGGAGGAGCUGGUGGGGGGCUUGGGGGAGGUGCUGGAGGAGGAGCUGGUGGGGGGCUUGGGGGAGGUGCUGGAGGAGGAGCUGGUGGGGGGCUUGGGGGAGGUGCUGGAGGUGGAGCUGGUGGGGGGCUUGGAGGAGGUGCUGGAGGAGGAGGAGGAGGGCUCGGUGGCGGUGGAGGAUUAGGUGGUGGAGCUGGUGGUGGUGCUGGAGGUGGAUUUGGAGCUGGCGGUGGAGCAGGUGCUGGUGGAGGGUUUGGUGGUGGAGCCGGUGCUGGCGGUGGGCUUGGAGGUGGAUGGCACUAAAUCCAUUGAUAUUAAGCACAUUUUUAUUUAUGAGAGACAAAACAUCCUAUUAUCACGACAAAAAAAAUUUGUACUUUAUUGUCUUUUAAGGUAUUGUGAGUGACAUUGAUGGCUCCAAUUUUAUGUCAAUGGACUCUACAUAAGAAAUAAAGUAUUUAUCAAAUUAUGGUCCCUAA